AUUAUACAAUAAACAAUGGGGCUUUGGUUUGGAUUUAAAAGCACGUCUGUCCUUUGCCACGCUAAACGUAAACUGGCCGCUCCCGUCUUUUGUAUUGGCGAACGGUUAAAGAUAUGAAUGUUGGGAGAUAUGGCUUGUUGACUAAAGGAAAAGACAGGGUCGGACAUUUGAUAAGGGGAAACGAAAAAGAAUGGCGGAGUUGCCAUGCCCUUGGAGGAUUUCCAGCAGGGCUGUUUUGACAUUAGUAAACAAGUCGCUCCUCAGAAAGAAAUCGCUGUUUGUCGUGAUUGGACGCGUGAAGUGGUGAUCGUAUUUUGAGUAUCAUUUUGUGAAAGUUUUUCAAAGUGAAUUUUUGUCUUAACAUUGAAUAUUCAUGUAAUUGACAUAUUUGUCGAUUGGUUUGUGAAGAAAAAGUUAAAGGAAAAUUCAUUUUUUUUACGAAGAGGUUGUUGUACAAAACCAAUUGUGCCUUUCCUAGUCAUGACAAAGACAAUGGACGUGGCUCCAAUGAGCGCGUGUGAACACAGCAAGAAUUCCAUGUUUUGUUUAGGACCGUGUGAGGCUUGUAAAACCAGAUUAGCGGCAGUGGAGGAAAAUCGCCCAAACGACAAUGAAAAUGCCGCGAAAAUCAACCAAUCAAAACAUUCGGGACGUUGUCUCGAGGUACCGCAGCUUCCCGAUCACCCAGAACACCACGUUCAUUGGUCAGAUGAGGAUGAAGGGAUUAAUUCUAGUCAUGAACUGGAAACUCGGAUUGAACCAGUGAAAAGUCCUGUGACAAGUAGUCGCGAGGACGUCCACGUGAAGCCAAUUUUAAAACACAAACCCACAUGUGUGGUUGUGGUUCAUGUAGAUGCCAAGUAAUUAUUUAUUAAUUACAAAAUACUGGAAUACAGUUCAUAACAUAUUUUUGUCUCAUCAAACUUGAGCAACAAUAUAAUGCAAGUACGGUGACUUUCAGAUUUUUUUUUUUUACAUCAAGGUGCAGGCGAAUGUGUUUACUUACAUGUAUAUACAUAUCUUUAUAGAUACUAGUUCUCAAUGAUGAUAUACUGGUGUGGAAUAACUUGUUGAUGUACUAUUCGUAUUUUAAGAUGUUUACAGUGUAUUUCUAACAGUCAAUUUGUUACGUUAAGUAUGGUUCAUAUACCCUUGUCCUGCAUGCAUUUCAAACCACGCUCGGCUUUUCCACAGUCGAUUACGAAAACGGCCGAGUAUUUACGAUUGCUGCUGCAGCUGUUGUGAUGCUUUAUGAGGGAUGGAGAGUUUAAAUGGUCUUGUUCAUUGUAUUGUAACUGGAUUGUUGUAGAAAUUAUAUAGGUGUAAAUAUGUCUCUAGAACUGGAACCAAAAUAUUUUUUGGAAAAAAAUAAA